AUGAUAUUUUGUGGUAUACAUGACCUACCUUUGAGGGGCAAAGAACAUCAUGAAAGUGUUUUUGAAGACUUGGUCAAAUUCAAAAUUGACACUGGUGACCACACAUUAAAAGAGCACAUAGAAAAGAGUGCAAAAAAUACCACUUACAUGUCACCACAGAUUCAAAAUGAAAGAAUUGGUCUAUGUGGCAAUGUCAUUAGAGACAACAUCACUACUGACAAAAAGAAAGCAUGUGCUUACAGUAUCCUGGCAGAUGAGAGCAGUGACAUAUCAGGGAAAGAGCAACUUUCCAUUGGGGUUAGAUUUUUUGACAAAGAAAAGAUGAUGAUUUGUGAGGAAUUUCUAGGUUUAAUUUAUAGAGUUGACUGA